AUGGCAACGAAGCAGGUACUUGCCACUCACGCCAUAGCAGCACUGAAGGAACAAACUAGGAAGUUUGAGGCGAUGUCGGUGCAGCUGGCGAAGUCGGCAGAUCUCGCGACGAAUCAGGCUGCUGAGAUUGCGAAGUUGACAUUGAGAUUGAUCAAUGCUAUGACCAAGAUACAGCGAGACACUCAACGAGAUGCUACAGCGCGUCGGGAGUGCUUACGUGACAAGCUUCGCAGCCUCGCCGCCCAGGCUGUCUCCACAAAGCGAAAGAUACUGGACGCUGCGGAAUUGGAAUCGUCACGGACCAUAAAGGCGAACUUUAGGUUGAUAUUCGGACCGUCAAGAGAAACAGAAUACAAGAGCAGAAGUGCCAAAUCUGCGAUAGCUACGAACCUCAUCAGGAUUACUACCAUCCGCGGUUUGUGUGAAAGCAACCCUCACAGCGUGAUCGCCCUCUCAACCACCUACUCUACCAAAGCCUGGACUGAAUCGAGCUCGGAUGUUUUUGACGGCGUUAUCGAGCUAGUUAAAGUUGAGAAAGAGCAAGAUUGGCCAGAGGAGAUAGUCGAUAUAAUAGACGAACUGAAAGCGGAAAGACCAAUGAGUGCCGAGAUUGAGCUGCUUCGCGCAACGAUCCUCCAGCAGAAGGACCCGCGCCGUCGAAGGAUCAGUGACUCUGAUGGACCCGCACGGGAGAUUGCACCAUUGCCGCCAAUGCAGACUGGCGAAAUGGCUAGUCAGACUGGGCAACACAGCGCCAGAAUGACUCAAUUGCCAGGUCUACAACAAAUGGCACUUAUUGCACCAUCCUACAAUCGCGAUCAAACGCAUAGUUGGAAUUACAGGCAAGACACAACCACUGAUGGUGGGUAUAAUGGCCCCUUUGUUGACGAACAACGGCAACGGCCGCUUCUUUGCGAGAGCGCACAUCACCCCUCUCAACAAUAUGAGCAAGAGAACCCGGUAGUAGAUGAUCCACUACCACCAUCCAAGGAAAACAGGGAAAUGAAGGAUAUGUACACAAAUGCACUCGCUAGCAAUAUAUCGAAAAUGCCAGAACCGUUUAAAACAGCAAUCGAGAAUAGCCGGCAAUGGAAAUGGGAAAGAAGUAAAGGAUUGCAGACGACAGGAUGCUGGCCAAGUUUGUUCCCGAAAGACCAGACACAGGAUGUCUCCUUUAGCAUUUGGUGUGGUAACGAGGACGGAGAACAUCUGACCAAAUUCUUCGGUGGAAAAAUUGAAAUGUCAUCCUAA